AUGGUUCUCAGGUCUUACUCCCAGUGGGCUACUCUCGCCCUGGCUGUGACUGCUGUUGCACAGACUACCACUAGCUGCAACCCUAUGGAUAAGACUUGCCCAGCAGAUGCUGGUCUGAACAAAUAUCGUCUGAACACCGACUUCACCUCAGGAUCUCUAGGUCGCUGGAACACAACCUCCGGAACCGUAACCAGUACCGACCUCGGCGCCAAGCUCACUGUCUCCGAGCAAGGCGACGCCCCCACAAUCGAAAGUGACUUCUACAUCUUCUUUGGCCAUGUCGACGUCACGAUGAGAGCCGCGAACGGCACCGGCAUUGUCAGCACCUGGAUCCUAGAGUCCGAUGACCUGGACGAGAUCGACUGGGAACAAGUCAGCACCUGGGACACAGAGAUCCAAACCAACUACUUCGGCAAAGGCAACACAACCUCUUACGACCGCGCCACAACCGUCACCGUCUCAACCCCAGAAGAAACAUUCCACACCUACUCAAUCGACUGGACCUCAGAGCGCAUCGAGUGGCUGCUCGACAGCGAAGUCGUGCGCACACUCGAGUACGCCGACGCCGUCGAUGGCACAAACUACCCCCAAACACCCAUGCGCAUCCGCAUCGGUAUCUGGGCCGGCGGCGACCCUGAUAACUCCGAGGGCACGAUCGAGUGGGCUGGCGGCGAGACUGAUUACACUGCAGGCCCUUUCUCUAUGUAUGUUGAGUCGGUCAAUAUCGUCAACUACAACCCGGCUUCCGCGUACAAGUACACCGAUAAGACUGGGGAUUAUACGAGCAUCAAGGCUACGAAUGCUACUACCUCUACUAACUUGGGCACAUCGAACUCGAGCUCAAUUGUUGCUUCCGGUAGGACUUCUACUUCGGCUAAGGCUAGCUCGUCUUCUGUUGCUUCUUCGUCAACGUCAGCGCCAGUGGCUACUUCUUCUAGUAUUUUGGUCUCUGCUGCUCCGGUUUCUUACUAUACUUCUAUGUUCGCCAUUUCUGUAAUCUCCUGUAUUGCUGUCUUGGUUCACCUUUGA